UAUCAUUUUCUUUGUACAAUGCAGUGGAAAAAAGUGGAAAUGAAUUGAUUUCUCCAUAUAGUAUAACAAGCGCCUUGAUGCUUUUGAUGCUCGGUACAGAUGGAACUACAUACACACAAAUGAGAUCUUCCCUGUUCAAACAAAACAUAGAAAGUGAUGUCAACAUUGGUUAUAAGCUUCUUAACGAUAAAUUGUCUUCACUAACAGGGAAUGGAGUAGAGCUUUCCAUUGGUAAUAGACUUUUUGGAGAUAACAAAUUAAAUGUUUUGAACACAUUUACAGCGAAUGCUUUACAGUACUACGGCAGCGAUUUAAAACGCAUGAAUUUUAGAUCGGCACCAGAUCAAUCAAGAAUCAACAUCAAUAAUUGGAUUGCAAAUGCAACGAAAGAUAAAAUCAAGGAUAUGCUUCCACCUAAAACUAUAACUUCGGGAACUGUUAUGGUCUUAGCCAAUGCAAUUUACUUUAAAGGAACUUGGGAAAAGGGAUUUAACCCACAUAAAACAACAAAGAGGAAUUUUCUGGACAAUUCUAACCAGCAAAAGCAAGUUGAUAUGAUGUAUGGCCAACGCUAUGUGGUUGCUGGUGAGAACACCGAGUUGGAUUGCAAGAUUUUGCAACUUCAAUAUACGGGAAAUAAAACAUCAAUGAUAUUUCUAUUACCUAAUGAUGCAAAUGGACUAUCUCAACUUGAAAGUAAAAUAAAUAUGACAAAAUUUAAAAGUCUGUUUUCUGGAAUUAGGCCACGAGAUACAAUAAUCAGAAUUCCGAAAUUCGAAUUUGAAGCUAAAUAUGAUCUAGAACCAGUACUUACGUCAUUAGGAAUUAAUGAAAUAUUUGACUCGCAGACAGCAAAUUUCGCAAAGAUGACAACCAUGCAACCAGUUUUUGUAACUGACGCCCGUCAUAAGUCAUACAUAGAAGUCACAGAACAGGGUACGGAAGCUGCUGCUGCUACAACGAUUGUGAUGACGGAGACAACUUCAAUACACGGACCUUUUCAGUUUGUAGCUGACCAUCCAUUCAUGUUUGUCAUACGGGAUAACAAUUCGGGAACUAUUCUUUUUGUUGGACGGUAUGCAAACCCAUGAACGAAAACUUAUAGUAUAACAUCAGCUCUGAAAGCAUAGAGUCGGUUUGAUACGUUAACGAGAAGAUUGUCAAUUACAUGUAUAAUCAAGUAUAAAUAAAAUUUGUCAACUUAG